AAUUUUGUUCUCAAGACCGAUAACUGUGCUUUCAUAUCCUCAGCUGACCAUUUAGAUAUAGACUCUUAA